AUGGAUACAUACAUGGGCACGCCUUCCAAGAGACGCUCCAUCUCAGACGCCACGGCCACGGCUGCAAGACUUCAGCCCUCACCACUUCUGACGAGUCGGUUGGCGGGCGCGACAAAGGAUGACAGCCUGUUGGACACUUCACCACAGACGCCCAGGCGGCCUGACUUCUUAGCCAGAGGACUGUCGCUGCAGAUGCCACCCAAGACGACGGCGACGACAGCUACAACCUCCAUGGCUGCUCCCACCACCAUCCAACGCGUACCGCUAUCUCCUCAACUUGAUCCUCAGACAUCCUACGCCUCUCCUCAAACCUCUUUACCGCGGCAUUCGCGUGGUCUAGAUUUUUCCAGAGCCUGCACCAAUCUUCACCACUCAACCCUCGCCGACAACCCUUCUCCUAGCUCGUCCCCAAUCAUGACUGCCCGUAAGCCCAGCGUAAACAGCAUGAUGCUCGACUCGCCAAACCUCUGGCCACAAGGUCAAACCGACCGCAGUGCCGUCAGUAGUAGCGUGGGCAGUAUCAGCAUGCUUGCCGAUGAAGAUAGCGACGACAGUACCAGCGAUGAUGAUUUGAUGGACGAUAUGGACGACCAAAUCCUUACAACUCCGCAGGUUCGGAAAACUGCCAAUCCGCAAGCCGCGACUCCUUUUGGCGGCCACAGCACUGUCAUGUGGAGCAACAAUUUCUCCCCCGCCCACGCCAGUCUGAUGAAGACGUUUCAACGUAGUCGUCUGAAGAAAGGUCGAAGCAGAAAGAGUUCGAGUAGUGCCAGCAACAAUUCGGCCAUGCCCAGUCCACGCACUACUUCGCCGCCGCCCCUACGCAGCAUUGAAGGCUCCGCUCACUUUGGCUGGCCGCGUCUCCGAGAGACCAGGCCCGAGCAUCCUUCCCUCUCAUCCGGUAACGACAGUGGAGACGAAGCUGUUGCUGCAUCCUCAGUUCCUGGUGUUGUCCGCCGCGCGGUCACUCGUCGGGGUAACUUGCUGCCAAAGACAAAGAACUUUGCGCGCAUUCGUGCCGCUCUGCUUGAGGAGUCCGCUCCUGUCGAUAGCGAAGUCCGUCGUGAAGCAGAGACCAUGCGUCAAGUCCACAACCAUGAUCCUGUCCCUGACCUCGAAGGCCCAUCCCCUGGUCCCUCGUCCUCACAACCCAACGUCAACCCUAACGAUCCUAACGACCCACAACCCGAUACCAUAAGCAACAAUCCCAUCAGCUUUAACCUUCAUGCUCAUCGUAAUUCGGGUGGCGUUGACUAUUGGCAUAAGCUCGAGAAUGAGUUGCACACGCCCCCUCCACCCUCCUUCCCUACGAGAGGCAGCUCAUCUCUAUCUGGCGACAUUGCUAUGGAUUCACCUGCUGACAGCACACUGCGCUCAGCUUCUGUCAUCAGCAUGAAUGAACCAUCUGCCGCUUCAGAAACCGACACUCAAAACUCUACAUACACCAGUCAAGACGCCCUUCGCAGACCCUUUGGUAAACGUCGCCGUGACGAUGAUUUCGACAUGCAGAGUUUCAAGCGCAGGGCUGUCAGUCCUAGCAUGAGCGUGCACGGUAACAGCCCAAUCGUUGCAUCUCCCAUUGCUUCUGCUGCCGCACGCAACCAAGGUCUACCAAAGGACGGUGCUCCGCUCGAGAAAAGUAUCAGUGGUGGGAACGGCAAUAACACUGCUCCUCGAAGGAUAGGUCUGCAGGGUAUGGUCGACACAAAUGAAGGUAUCAUGAGGAUGAGCAUUGAGUAG